CAGGAUCACCUAGCAUCCUUCGUCUUGAAGAGUCAAAUUCCACACAAUAUUACCUAAAACAGGACGCUAUAAACGAUAAACCGCCUUGGCUGGUCCUUUCUAAAUCUGUCUUCACCUAUUUUUUGCUUUUAUAUCGCGUGUAGAGUUCGAUCAUUACCUAUUUCCCUUCAACUUGCUUAUUUUUCAAUCAUGUCUUUGGAACCGCAACAACCAACCUUUCACCGUGGCAGCUUCGCCGACGAGAUCGAGACCGCUCGAACCGAUCUCGCCCGUAAGCUGCUCGUCCAUUCCCCGGCUACCAGCCCUUCCGACUCGGAGACGGCCCCGUCUCUUAGCCCGGCCGCUAGCGUAACUUCUUCGACUCCCGAGUCUGACGGCGCCAUCUCCCCUAUUUCUCCACCCAUCGACAAAGAGCUCGUCGCCGAUAGCUUCGCUUUCGCCUUUGAUAUCGACGGCGUCUUGGUCCGAGGUGGUCGUCCCAUUCCGGAGGCCAUCCAAGCCAUGAAGGUCUUGAACGGUAACAACAAAUACGGAAUUAAAGUCCCGUACAUCUUUUUGACCAACGGCGGCGGUAAGACCGAGGCUGAACGCUGCGCCGAUCUCUCUGGCCAACUUGACAUUGAGAUCUCACCGGCUCAGUUCAUCUGCGGUCACACACCCAUGUCCGAGAUGGCCAACAAGUACAACACGGUCCUAGUCGUCGGCGGCGAAGGUGAGAAAUGCCGUACCGUCGCUCAAGGUUACGGCUUCAAAGAUGUCGUCACCCCCGGCGAUAUCAUCAAGGCUAAUGCCGCCACGACUCCAUUCCGCAAGCUGACCCCUGAGGAACUUCGAAACUCAAAGGAACGGGACUUUAGCAAAGUUACCAUCGAGGCCAUCUUCGUCUUUGCUGAUUCACGUGAUUGGGCGGGAGACCUACAGAUUAUUCUUGAUUUAGCUAUGUCCAAGGGCGGCCGCAUCGGAACUCUAUCCGAGACAUUCGACGAGGGCCCGCCGAUUUACUUUUCUCACAACGACGUCGUCUGGUCCGCCGCUCACGACAACGUCCGCCUCGGCAUGGGUGCCUUGCGCGGUAUUGUGGAGUACACUUUUAAGGAGGUGACCAAGGGCAAGACUUUACAGACCCACGCCUUCGGAAAGCCUCAGAUCGGAACGUUCGAGUUUGCUACUCGCUUGCUGAAGCGAUGGCGCAUGAACCAGCACCGCCUCAACAAGGCGCCGGAGACCGUGUACUUCGUUGGUGAUACACCCGAGAGUGACAUCCGGGGAACCAACCAAUACAACGAGAAGGCCGAGAACGACUGGUACAGCAUCUUGGUAAAGACCGGUGUCUAUCAGGAUGGUACUGAGCCGGCCUACAAGCCUCGCGUCACCGUUAACACGGUGCUGGAUGCCGUUAACCACGGGAUCGAGCGCGAGAUGGAGCGCAGGAUUAAGAACGAGACGCAGAAGCCGCGUCUUCACGAGAUGCCCAAGCUGAGCUUGGAAGAAGCACAAGACUGCGCCGUAUUCAGCCCCGCUGAGGAGCGCCCGCUUGAGCUUACCGCAUGAAGUUACGAAUGAUCACGAACCAGUUUUUACUU